GGCUUGGCGGGCUAGGGCAGGGGAAAUGUUGCAGGAGGAGUCGGAUCUGUCUCUCAUUAUUGCCCAGAUAGUCCAAAAGCUCAAGGGCUCCAAUUUGUACGCUCAGUUGGAACGGCAGGCCUGGGUGGUACCACAAGAUCUAAUUAAAGGUUGGCUGUUAAUUAGGUGCCUGCAAAGCCUUUGAGGUGCAUGCAGACCCUUUAAUCUCACUACACUGCCCCUCUGCACAUCCUGUCGCACUAUAAAAUCUGUGGACUAAGGUCAAGACUUUGUGGAGAAUAGCUAUACAGUGCCUGAAUCAUCAUCUGCCUGAUCCACCCCUGUCAGCCUGUCUUCAGAGACCUGAGAUUAAACUUGAAUCACUAAAAGAAGAUAUUAAGGAAUUCUUUAAAAUAUCAGGUGCUUGGCUGUUCCUUGCCCUUCCCUUGGCACAUUCCUGAUAGUACUAGUAGUGUGGUAGCCAGCACUGUUUUGGUGUUCAUUGAGCAAUGGAAGAAGGAUUUCUCCCAUCCUGAGAAAAUGGUUGGGAGAAGAAACUUCAGAAUGCUGUUUAUAGUGAGCUGAGUGUGUUUCCUUUACCUAGUCAUCCUGCUGCACCUCCUGAACAUCUGAAAGAACCUUUGGUUUACAUGAGGAAAGCACAGGGAAGUUGGGAAAAAAGAAUUUUGAAGAGUUUAAAUAGUAUGUGCACUGAACUGAGUAUCCCAUUGGCACGAAAGAGGCCAGUUGGAGAACAGAAAGAACUGCUCAGUAAAUGGAAUGAAAUGGGAACUGAUGAACCAGAUUUAAGCCUUUUCAGACCUGUUUAUGCACCGAAGGAUUUUCUGGAGGUGUUAAUUAAUCUUCGCAACCCAAAUUAUGAAAAUGGUGAUUCUCUUAGUUUCAGGACUCAUUUGGGUUUAAUCCAAGUACCUCUGAAAGUAAAAGACAUCCCUGAAUUGAAAGAAUUCUUUGUAGAGCUGGGCUUAACUACAGGACAGCUGGGUAUAGAUGAUUCUACACAAGUACCUCCUGAACUUUUUGAAAAUGAGCACGUACGUAUUGGGCAAAAAGUUCUAGCAGAACAAGAUGGUGCAGCUGCUCAACAGUAUAUCCGACAAGGAAGCCCCACAGCACUGAGAGCAGACUUAUGGGCUCUCAUUUUGAAUAUUUCCAGUCAACCGGAGGAUAUCUUAUAUUAUGAGCAGCUUAAGACCAAUGUGAUACAACAUGACCUUUUGGUGGACAGUCUAAUCUAUAAAGAUGUGAAGUUGACAGCAAGCAAUGAUGAUUAUUAUUUUGUAUUUGAAGAUUAUUUAUAUCAGGUAUUACUUUGUUUUUCCCGGGAUACAUCUGUGUUGGGUCAUUUUGCGUACAACAGUGCUUCACCACCAAAAUCAUACAUAAGAGGAAAGCUAGGACUAGAAGAAUAUGCAGUCUUUUAUCCACCAAAUGGUGUAAUCCCUUUCCAUGGAUUUUCAAUGUAUGUUGCACCGCUUUGUUUUCUCUACCAUGAACCUUCCAAAUUGUAUCAGAUAUUCCGUGAGAUGUAUGUGCGUUUUUUCUUCAGACUCCAUUCCAUCUCUUCUCAUCCUUCUGGUAUUGUGUCCCUCUGUUUGCUGUUUGAAACUCUUCUUCAAACCUAUCUCCCCCAGCUCUUCUAUCAUCUCCGAGAAAUUGGGGCUCAACCACUUCGCAUAUCCUUUAAAUGGAUGGUUCGAGCUUUCUCUGGAUACUUAGCUACAGAUCAACUCCUGCUUUUGUGGGAUAGAAUCCUAGGAUACAACUCCCUGGAAAUUCUUGCUGUGCUGGCGGCUGCUGUGUUUGCUUUCCGAGCAGUGAACCUGAUGGAGGUGACAUCACUGGCUGCAGCCGAAGCAGUUCUUGCUGACCUUUCUACUUUAAAAGUUAUGCCUCUUCUUCAAAUUUUUCUGUUUGCUACUGUCACCUGAUCUUCUUCAAGGUCACUGACAACACAUCUAGUUUUUCAUUAGAAAAUAAUCAUGAACUAUGCAAACUGCAUAAAACCAAAAUGAAACUUUGCAUAUAAGCCAAUAAAGAUCAUGUUCCCUCUUCAUUUAAACCUAAGUAGUUUUUCACUUUUUGAAACAAUAACUCCGCACACCAAAUAUUGCACUGCAUGCUGCUGAUUUUCAAGAGAGAAGCAAUAGACAUAACUUCUGCUAAAUUGAGCAUACUAUAUAUAUAUACUCCUGACUUGUAAAAGGCAUGUAACAAUAUAUGCAAUAAGAACUCAAGCUACUGUAAUAAACUUGAAGAGGUAAUGUAGCCUCUGGGACAAUUUUCUUCUGUCAGUUUGCAAAUUUAUCUCUAGAUAAUGUAUCAUUUUGUCUUGUAAAUUGCUCUUCACUCAGAGCCAGGGGUGGCGUAGAAUGUGGGAAGAUUUGAAAAAGGUAAUGGAAUUCAAACGUACUUUAGUGUUCUUAACGACUUUUCUCUCACCGGACAUCUUCUAGAUCCCCUUCCACUUUAUUUCUCCCUGAAAGGUCUCAGUGGGGCAGGUCAAAUCCAGUUGUCUCCAUCUGACAGUAUGUUCUUCAUCACUUUCCGAAAAAAGAAAAUUACAGAGUGAUCUCUUCAAACUCCUCAACCUUCCACCUCUUGCUUAGAAGACUUGAUGCUGCCGGAGUCUGUCACUUUGGAAGAAUGCAGAGAGGACACCCACGGAUUUAAUGAAGGGAAUGAAAAAUCAAAGGCAUAUCCGCUUCUGCUGAAUCUUGGUUUAACAAGAUUUACUUCCAGGGCAGAGCAGCUGAGAAACUAGCGGGAGGUACGAUAAGACAUUCAUUUUAGAACUGAAGACAUUAUGCUGGGCAUCAGUCUUAUUUUGGUCUUUAUUGUAGGUGAAGGGUUUUAUUUUAUAUCACUUCCUAAAGACCUACCAUUUCUGUAAUUUGGAAUGAUAGAAUGUGAAAAAAAAAAGUCAAAAUUUCAACACAACUUUGAAUCAAGAGAUUGAUGCUCUUACUGAAUGCCUAGAAUUGUAUUAGGUUUUGUCCAGAUGUAUUUCCUGAGUCUUUUAUUUGAAGAGUAUAUAUAAAUUAGGGAAUUUCUGAGGUUUAGCACAAGACUGCAAGUGUGAUGGAGUUUGAUAGAAUUAGUUCUUAAUUUGAAAAUCUUUAUGCUUUAUUCAUCGGUGCUUAUUGAAAACAAAAUAAUAAUUUAUUAUUCAGUGAUUGAUUCUUGAGAAACCCCAUUUCAUUGCUUUUGGAAAGUGAUUCAGUUAUAAUCAUAUGCUUUGCCAUUUGGGUGUGUGCAAAUGCACAUUCAUCAUGAAGAUAAGCACACACCUUUGACUACUGUCUUCCUUUCUUCCCUGUUGGAGUUUUAAAUGGUUAAGGUCAACUGUAUACAGCUAUGCCCAUUGUUGGCUUCUUUAAGAGAAUAUGCAUAAGCCUUUUUCCAAAACAGAAAUGUAGUGGUCUAGUAGAAAAACUCUAGACUGAGUUCUUGUCCUAGCAGUGAGUCCCUAGAUAAUUUAAUCCCUCUUAUCUGUAAUUGAGGGGGUGGAGGGUAUGAGGGGCGGGCAAUAGGAAAUUAUUGUAUUUGUUCUUGUUUACCUUACCAGGUUGAGUAAGACUAAAUGAGAAGAUAUAUUUGAAAGUGAUUGAUUUUUAACUGCAAAGCACCAAGCAAAUGUAAGAUGUUGUUGGUAUUAAUUUUAAAUAUGACAUUUUAAGGCCAAGUGGAAAAAGAUAUAAAUGAAGAAUGCUUAACUUCAUUAACAUCUGUCUGACUUUAUACUAUAAAAAAUGAAAUCUGGAACAUGGCAGAGCAGAUCCUUUCAUCUGAAACAGGUGGUUCCAGCCAGCAGAGCUGAAUCCGAACCCCAGAGCUGCUACACAUUUUGCUGCCGUCACAAACCCCUCCCGGCCGCGCUUAGCUGCUAGUUGAAAAUAGCACAUCAAGGGCAGUCGGGCUGUGUUGCCCCCUCUGCCUCUCACCGCACUCCUCACACUGCCCCUCCUGGCUUCCUUCCUCCUGUGUCCUCCUAGGCCACCUCCUACCAACCCCCGAAGCCCCCACAUAUGCUCUGCUAGUGGUCACAAGGCCCCGAGUGACCGGUGUUAACCAGGUAAUCUUUCUGUCUGCAGCAUUCACACUGAUGGCAAAAUAAGCUAGUAGGCAAAAUGUGUUCGGCUCUUCUGGAUUUCAGUUCACCCACUAAUGUAAUAUGUGUGACUUUAUAUGAUGGAAGAGUUUAUUGAACAAUCUCUCUGAUAGAACCUUUUGGUAGUGCAGCACUCUGGCUAAUUGAAAUUUCCAGCAGGUCUUAACGGCAUAGCACCCUCUUAACACUCAGCAGGUACGCUCUCUUCCUAUUUCAUGGAGAAAAUAAAGACCAUUAAGGUUGAACCCCCUCAGCCUUCUGCUUCAAACUUAGCUUUAUUCUCCCUAUACUCAUCUCCUUCCUUCUUCUCUCGGGAAGUGUCUAGUCUAUUCCUACAGUUCUCUAAAUACAGGCUCGGUUUUUCACUUCCAUGCCUAAAAAUUCAACAACACCCUAUUGCUUCAAGGAUAAAGUCUGGGCUCUGUAGCAUAGCAGGAACAAUUCUCCACAGCUUGGUCUUUCCAUUCUUGGGCCCGCACUCUGAUCCAUUAUCCUAUACCUCACUGUCACCAGGUUACUUGAUCAUCUUCAACCAGCUGUGGCCAUGCCCUUUGUCUCUGCCAGAAGGACCUCCAUAUUUCAAGGCCCAACUAAAAAAAAAUCUCUCUUGUGAAGACACCCUGGAGUCUGUAUAUUGGAAUAAUUAUGCCUUUCUCUUUGUUCUCAUAAAACUGCUCAUCCACUAAUAUGGGUGCUAAGAAUAUUGAGUGACAGUUUUUUGUAUGCAUGUUGAUUCUCACAUCACUUAUUCUGAAGUCAGUUUUCAUUGACUGGUCCUAAGUAUGGAGGAUAAAAAAAGAAUUUGUCCAUUGUGUUUGUAUCCCCUGACUUAUUCUAAAAAUUGUUGGGAUCUGCUUUUCUUAAAACAUAAUUCCUCCUAAGUAUCUACUAGUCUCCCUUCUUCCACAAAGGUUCUAAUUUUUAUUUGGAGAUUUCCCUGCACCCUGGCACCGUAUGCUUCAGAUGAAGCUGACUCCACCCCAGGACCUCUGCGUCCUGGUCAAGCCAGUCACUGUGUACCAUCCCUCUUGGCCACAGGGAUUGUUUCAGGAUCAGUGCAAAAAUCUAAGACCAGUGAGGACCAAUGAAACUUGAUUACAAGACUUCGGUUUAAUCUUUUGGGAAAGCUGGGCAUAAAAAAGAGAGGAUAUAGGGUCUGGAGCUGCAGCCUAGAAAUGGAAAGCAUGAAAAGCUGCUCUGUUGACCUUGUUGAUCCCCCAGUCACAUUCUACCAAUCUGCCCCUGGACUGUUUCGUUACCUGAGCCAAAAGAUUCUUUUUGCAACAGAAAGGAUCCUAACUGAAGGUGCAGUUAUUUUACCUUUUAGAUGACCCACUACAACAGGAGUAUCAUUACGUGGUACGGGACUCCUGUCUACACACUGCUUAAACUGGAGGAAUCUUUUUUUUAACUUUUUUUCAUUCAAGACACACCAUGACCUUACAAGGAUAAAUUCUAUGUUCCAGACCUACUGAGCCACCUGAAGUACCUUAAACACACAGUAUGUCUCUCAGCUUUGGCCCUUUGCCCAUAUAGCACCCUCUGCUUAGAAUGCCUUCUCUUCCCUCUUUACUGAACUCUUGCUUGUACCUCAAAACCCAACUCAGGUGUUGCAUCAUCAGGGAAGACUGCUUUCUUAUGAAUUCUCCUCAUACAUAAGUUAUAUCAUAAUCAUAUGUUAGCUUGUCUUUCUUCCACUGGACUAUAACUCCUUAAAGGCCAAAAUGGUUUCUUUUUCAGCUUUAUAUCUCUAGAGCUGGCAUUGUGCUUACCCCAUAGUGGGCUUUAAUAAAUGUUUGUUGAAUGAACAGAUGAAAUCAUCUAACCUAAUUCACUUAUUUUACUGAUAAGGAAACUUGCUCAGUUCAGAGUAAUAACUUGUUCAGUGUCACACAACUAUUUUACCCACUAAGUUGACUUGUGGAGUUGCCUCCACAGGGAGAAUAACUUCCCUCCCAAAAGAAAAGAAUAUCUUGAGAGAAAAAAACACUUCAUAACUUUAUAAGCACUUCAUAACUUUAGAAACACUUCAUUUUUGCAUUUAAAUCCACUUUGCUAAGGUAUAAUUUAUGUACAGUAAAGUGUAUGCAUUUUAAUUUUACAGUUCUGUAAGGUUUAACACACGUAUAGACCCACAUCACCAUCACCACCACAAUCACUUGUAGUAUACGACAUUUCCAUUAUCUGAAACAAUUCUCUUUAAGCCCCUUCCCAUUUGAUCUCCCAUUCAGACAACCAUUCAUCUGCUCUGUCCCUAAAGUUUAGAUUGGUCCUUUCUAGAGGUGCGUGUAAAUGGCACUCCACAUAUGUACUCUUUUUUUGUCUGUUUUUUUUUGCUCAGCAUAAUGUUUGAGAUUCAUCCAUGUUGUGUGAUUAGUUGUCCAUUCCUUUUUAUUACUGAGCAGUAUUUCAUUGAAUGACUAUUUCAUACAGUUUGUUUAUCCAUCAUUGUUAAGGGCAUCCAUGUACUCAUAUUUUGGCGUAUUACGGAUACAGCCACUAUAAACAUUUGUGCGCAAGCCUUUAUGUGGACAUAGAUCGGCCUUUCUUUUGAGUAAAUACAUAGGAGUAGACUUGCUGAGUCAUACGUGAGCAUAAAUUUAACUCUCCAAGAAACCUCUAAACUCUCUUCUGAAGUGGUUCUACCAUUUUACGUUCCUACCAGCAGUGCGUAAGAGUUCUAAUCGCACUAAAUCCUCACCAAUACUUGGUAUUAUCAUGUUGAUCAUUCUAAUAGGUGGUUUUACUUUGCAUUUCCCUGAUUACUAAUGAUGUUGAGCAUCUUUUCAUGCUUAUUUGCCAUGUAUACAUAUUCUUUUUUAAAAUGUUCAAAUAUCUUGCCCAUUUUUAAUUAUCUUAAAUUGUAAGAAUUUCUUAUUCUGGAUACAUUUACGUCUUGUAACAUUUUCUCCCAUCCUGUGGCUUAUCUCUUAAUUUUCUUAAGUAUCUUUUAAAGAGCAAAAUUUUUAAUUUUAUUGAAUCAGUUUAUCUUUUUUUUUUUAGGGCUCAUGUUUUUUGUGUCCUAUCUAAGAAAUUUUUCCAUAACUGAAGGUCACAAAGAUUUUUUUCCUAUGUUUUCUUCUAGAAACUUUAUAGCUUGAGCUCUUACAUUUAGGCCUAUAAUGCUUUUUUUAAGUUAAUUUUGUGUACAGUACAAGAGUUAAGGAUUGAGGGUCAUGUUUUUGCAUACGGAUAUGCAAUGUCCCAGCACUCUUUGCUAAAAAAAAAACAAAAAAAACCCACACACAAAAAACUAUCCCUUUUAUGUCAGCACCUCUGUAUAAAAUCAGUUGAUCAUAUAUCUGUGGGUUUAUUUCUGGACCCUAUUCUCUUCCAUGGAUUUAUGUCUGUCCUUGUCUAUUUAUGUCUAUUUAUGUCUAUCCAAUACCACACUGUGUUAAUUUUGUACCUUUAGAGUAAAUCUUGAAAUCAGGUAGUUUAAGUCCUCGAAUUUUGUUUCCUAUGUCAAAAUUAUUUUGGCUAUUCCAAGUUCUUUGCAUUUCUAAAUAACUUUUAGAACCAGCUCUUCCACUUGGUACCAAAAUUUUUUUAAAAGAUGCUGGGAUUUUUAUUGAAAUAGCAUUGAAUCUAUAAAUCAGUUGGAGACAAUUGAUACUUUAACAAUAUUGAGCCUACCAAUCCAUGAACAUGAGAUACCUUUCCAUUUAGUUACGUCUUCUUUAAUUCCAUUCAGUAAUAUUUUGUCCUCCAUGUAGAGCUCCUGUACAUAUUUUGUUAAAAUAUCCUUAAUUCUUUCACAUUUUUAUGCUAUUGUAAAUGGUAUUUUUAAUUUCACUUUCCAGUGGUUUGCUAAUAUAUAGAAACACAAUUGAUUUUUUAAUAUUGACCUUGUAUCCUGAGACCUUGCUAAACAUUCCUAAUACCCCUCUUUGUAGCCUCCCUAAGAUUUUCUACAUAUACGAUAUGUCAUCUAUA